AUGAUCUCACUUAAGACUCUCGCGCUGUACCUGGUGGUCGGGACUCUCCCUACCAGCACAUUUGCCCCUGAAUGCCACACACACCCCAACUCCAACUCCGACAACGCCCGCCUCACAUUAUCCACACCCGAGGACCUAAGCGUAUUGAGCGACUGCACAACAAUAAUCGGCGACAUCUUCAUCAAGAGCACAUUCUCGGGAUCCUUCGUCCUAAAUGGCGUCACCAAUAUCACCGGGUCUAUUUCGAUGGCGGUCUACGAGGAGUCGCACCGCAUGAACGGCAUCGAGAUGCUUGAUCUGCUAUAUAUCGAAGGCAUUUAUCUUCCCCAGACCUGGGGGCUAAAGAAACUGCGGUUACCGCGGGUUGAGCGCAUGGAGCAGCUGUACUUUAUUCAGGGGGUUGAGGAGGGGUGGUUUGACAUGGAGGGCUUGAAAAUUGCAGACAUAAUUUCUGUGGCUGGGUAUUGGACGAAUCUCUCAACUCCCAACCUUGAAGUGCUAGGCUCACCAGGGGGCCCAGAUCCGGGGGGAAUGGAAGUGCAAGCCAACUACACGGACUUAUCCGGGGUGUACCUGAGUUCGCUCGACAAAUUAUAUGGCGAGCUUUUGCUGGAUGGGCAUAUCACGGGGAUCAAUCUUAACGGCUUACAACAGACAAAUGCCACGAUCACCGUUCGAGCAUCGUCGCCAGUGGAGAUAUAUUCGGGUCUCCAGGAUGCUGGAAUUAUAAACCUCUCCGGUGAACUUGAAGCUAUCAACUUUGAAGACAUCUUCACCGCCAAGGAAUUGAACAUCGACUCGAGUACCAUAUCCGACUGCCCCUCAAGCCUCAUCCAACUAUACAGAAAACUACAUUACUCAUACGAGCCCGCAUUCUGUACAAGCAACAGAUUCUCCCAUGUUAGGGGCGAUUCAAAUCCAUCGUCCGGGACCGAUCAAACGCAUGUCGCCUCUACAACGCCCCUUUCAAUCCUGACCUGGUCAUCACCGGAUAUAUCAUUCCCAACAUUCGCCGCAUCAGUUCCAGACCGAGAUACAGGACCUCACGUUCCAACCGCUAUUAUUAUCUUGCUCCCCAUUAUAAUGGGCUUCUCCAUGAUGAUCGGGACUUGGCUUUGUUUUGCUAGAAGAAAGGCGCGCGGGGAUGAAGCAGAGGGGGCACGAGGGCUUUCGGCCGGCGUUCGGAUGGAGGGGUUGGAUAGUGAAGCCAGGCAAGGGGAAUGGCAACAGCAGCAGCAACAGUUACAGCUACAGCAACAGGGGUUAGGAGUUAGUGGGGUGGAUGAGGCGCCGCCGCCUUAUUCGAUGGAGCGGCCAAAAUAA